UGCGUAGAUAUGAGAGGCGGGUCCGAAUGAUGUCGCCGCGAUCAGUAAGCUCUGGGGGCAAUUUUGCCCUGCUUGAUUGGCCAUUAUAGCCUUUUGUUGAUUGUGUGAACCACAUCGCUUUUUUCAAGGCAAAAGUGAAGCGGGCGGGCUACGAAGCACCGCAAACAAAAAAUUAUCAGCCCUCCUUUUUCGCGUUAAGGCAGUCCAAGAUCUCCAUUCACGAUUCUAAUGUCUCAAUGAAAGUUUAAAAAUGCGGUCGGGAGUAGUGCGGCGGAAGCGGGUUGUUUCCGCUUUUGAAAAAUAGUGUCGCUUGUUAAUUACCUUUAAAGGAUCUUUUUAAAGCGCAGCCUUGUAAAAAUCAAUCCGUGCACCACAAACAUUGUGCUUUGCUACAGAGAGCAUCUUUGCACCACAAGCAUUAUACUUUGAUACAAAGAGAAUCUUUGCAACACAAGCAUUAUACUUUAAUACAAGAGCAUAGUACUUUGAUGCAAGAGCAUAAACGACCUCUGCAGAAAGGAGGGUUUUUCUUAGUGGGACGUUCCUGACCCGCGCAAAAGAAAAUGGCCGAUGGAGCGGUCGCGGCUUGUUCAAAUGUUCCAGAGAGCAGCGUGGAAGGUGGAAAACCCGCAGAUGAAGAUGACCCUGAGAGCUCUCCUCGCUGUUACUUCAGAUUGAAUCGGAGAGGGCGGACAAUUCGCAGACAGACUCAGCAAAUAAUUCUUAAUGUGUAUUCUCGCAUUAGGGAACAGCAGCCAAACCUCACCAUCAAGGAAUGUGUAGAAGAAACCUCAAGGUUAACUGGCAUGUCUUCUGCACCAAUCUUCAGGGCAAAGAGGCUGUGGCGCACAUCAGGUGGCGUUCUUGGGACGCCAGGCAAGAAACGUCCUCGCAAAUCAGGGACAAAGCCCAGCAAUGUGAAGUGUGACAGUUUUUCUCGCUGUGCUAUCAGAGGUAUUGUUCACAAGUAUUUUUUCAGAAACGAGCCACCAACUCUGAACAAAAUACUCAGCGAUGUCAACAGUGACCCUGAACUGCCUUUCAUUUCCCGAGCAACAUUGCACCGCAUUUUGAAAGACAUUGGCUUUGCCUAUAAUCACCGACAGAAGGAUUGCACUUUGACUGACAAGCCUGAAAUCAUAGCUUGGAGACACCAAUAUCUCAGAAAGAUUCGCCAGUUUCGUUCAGUGGGGACAAAGAUAUUUUUUUUGGAUGAGACGUGGGUGAACACAGGACACACAGUGUCAAAGACGCCCAAGGAUGCAUUCCAUACGGGCUUGUCUACCGGACUGAAAGAGCCAUCUGGCAAGGGCAGUUGUUUGAUUUGUGCUCACUGCGGAAGCGAGGAAGGAUUUGUUGAUGGCGCACUGCUUCUGUUUCAGUCAAAAACCACAGGUGAUUACCAUCAGGAAAUUGAUGGGGAGAACUUUGAAAAAUGGUUUGCCGAUUUGCUGCCUAAACUCCCUCCAGAAAGUGUAAUUGUUUUGGAUAGCGUCUCUUACUACUCUGUGAGAUCUGAGAAGAUCCCCACGACUGCAUCCAGAAAGGAAACCAUCAGGACAUGGCUAACGGAGAAGGGGAUCUCUUGGGAUCACGACCAAGUUAAGCCAGAGCUGCUUCUUCUGGUUCAAAGAGAGAAGCACAGAUUCGUCCAGUAUCGAACAGACGAGAUCGCUGCCACUGCUGGACAUCAAGUGCUUCACCUCCCUCCCUACCAUGCAGAAUUGAACCCCAUUGAGUCGGCUUGGAGUUACAUAAAGGGACAUGUGGCACUUAAUAACACCACCUUAAAGCUUAAUGACAUUAAGGUUUUAUUUGAGAAAGGAGUGCAUGCUGUGACCCGGGACAUGUGGAGUAGUUUUGUCAAGCAUGUGAUCGAGAAGGAGAAGCAGUUCUGGGAUCUUGACUUUCUCCAGGAAGACAAUGAAAUUUCCUCGAUAAAGAUGUCUCUGGGGUCAGAUUCUGAGAGCGACUCCUGUGACAGCGAGGAUGUUUAUGAGUAAAUACGUGUUGUUUCUAUUAAGUGAAUGAACAUUUUGUUAAUAAAUGUUUCUGUUGUGAAUAAAAACAUGUCUUUCCCUCCCUUUUAAAA